GACUCGAGGGGCAGGUUGGUGCCGUCUAGCGAAGUGUAGUCCACGUGAUUGCGAGGGAUUGCGGGUGUGGGAUCAAUGGGAAGGGAUGGGAAGGGAAGGGAAGGGUGGAUGGCGUUUGGAGUUUUGUUGUCUUUUCUUUUCUUUUCUAGUUUGGGCCAUUGUUGUUCAUUUUCUGGCGGGGGAGAUGAGUGGGGAAGAUGCAGGCGGGAGAGGAGGAGGGCGAGGGACCGUCCGGGUGGAGAGUUUGGCCCGGGUACCAUGGCAUCGGGUUAUUUGCGAUUUGUGGGAUUAUGGGAUUGUAUGGACAAUAUAGUAUACCAGGCGUAUUAUUACUUUCGGAAUUCACGGGGCUCGUCGAGCUGCAUUUUCUUGCUUUACUAUAGGACAGUAUGAUGGCCGCCCCGCGCCGGAGCGGAAG